AUGCCGCAUAAGGUCAUGAGCGCUUGUAAUGAGAAUGAACAAGAUAGGGUGCAGCCCCGUUAUACGGCUGCGGUUAGGAAGGACCCCGUUUACGUGAUCCAAAAGCCGUACUAUAAAAGUACUGCUGAGGAGAUGGAGUUGAAGGUGGUUCACUUCAACGCUGAUGGUGCAAAACCAAAGCUACGGGAGACUCAUCAGCUUAUGUUGAAGUCGACUUGUGAUGUUCUAUGCAUUCAAGAAGCAAAGCUUGGUGGUGGGGUAACUGAUGGUAAUCUCAAGCUAACAGGCUACGAUCAUGAACGGCGCGAUAGGUCUG